AUGGCCCCGCACAAGCGGAGCUGCCCCCAGUGUCUGAGAAACACCAGCCAGACCAUUCUUGCUCCCGCCUCCGCCCCAGGGGUUCAGGACCCCCCUCCCCAUUCAGCUUCCAGCCUGGGCCGUGCGUGCCCUGCCCCGGGAGCGAGCGGGCAGCACCGCGCUCCCCGGGUCCAGGCCAGGGAGAAGCUCGCGAGGGCCCACUGUCCAGGCUCCUCCGCCAGGCGGUUUCCUGCCCCGCUCGGGGAGCCCCCGCCGGGCCCUUACCUGGGCAGCGGCCCGCUCGGCCAUGGCCCUUUGUUCCCGGCCCAGGCGCAGCCGGAGCUCGGCCGGGCGGGAGGAUCUGGAGCUCGCCCCUCACCGCGGCCCAGGGGCGGACAUGAGCGUUUCCCCGCGCGCCCGCCCGGGGCAGCGCCCCGGGCCCGAGGAGCUCUGCUGCCGGCUGGCCGGGCUGGCGGCGGGAAGGGCCGGGCAGGCACCGGGCGAGGCUGCUCCGCAGGGACCCGGGGAAGUCACGACGAGACUCGCCCGCCGGCCGGCUCAGGGAACGAGCCGCGCGGCUGGAUCCCAACGGGGCCAGGCCCGGCCCGGCCGAGCCCGAGCUCCGCUCCCGCUCCGGGCUGGGCAGAGUCCCGGCGCCUCCUCGCCACGGGCCGGCCCCGCUGCCGGGCGGAGCAGAGCGAGCGCAGCCGGGAGCCGCGGACUCGCUGGCAGGGUCCGGGAGCUGCGUGCGGGGAGGAGCCGGCCGGGGAGCGGGGCCGGCAGCGGCCCCUGGCGGCGGGUGGGGCGCAGGGCACCGGCCGGGCUGGAGCGGGGCCCCCGCGGGGCAGGUGGCUGCAGAGCCGCGAUGGCUCCUGCGCCGCCACCUCCCCUUCCACUGCAGCCGGGCCGGGGGUUCCUGCGAGCCCCGGCUCCCGGAGUCAGGGGAUCCCAGGCGGAGCUCAGCCUCCAGGAACAACGCGCUGCUUCGGCUAA